AUGAAGAGGGUACGGAUCGAUCGAUGGGGUGGCCAAUUGCUGCAGGCCCAUGCCCGCGGUAUCGGUAGCGGCAUCUCAAGACAGGCAUUUCUACAAACGACUCGACGUCAAGCUUCUACAGCUGCCGCUUCUCAAACCAACGAAGAAACACCUACAUUCGCCAAUCUCCCAUCUCCCUCCCCCGAACGUGCCGCUGAGUCGGCUAAGCUUGCGGCUCUCCACUCCCGGUUAUCACUCUCCAACAAGAUCCCUCUGGAAACUCUCGCCCGGGCCCUCAUCGUUCCCUCAGCCGACAAGAACCCCAGCUUCAACAACGCCAACCUCGCCUUCCUCGGCAGCACAUUCAUCAACUAUCACGUCCUCGAAUUCCUCGUCUGUAAAUGGCCUCGUCUACCAAUGGCUGUCCUCUACGAGGCCCUCCGUGCCUAUUCUGGAAAGGAAUCUCUGCAUCAAGUGGCGCGCAGGUGGGGUGUUGAGGCCGCUGCUGCUCCCGGUGAGGAGGUCGAUCCUGGCCUGUUACAAUGGGCACCCCGGGAUGCGGAUAUGCAGUCACGCUGGGGCUCUGUCCGUCAAGAAUCUGCUUUUACAGACCGAUUUAAACCCCGACGAGGAAUCAGCAGUCGUGUAGUCUACGACAAUGCUUUUGGCGAUCCUGUGAACGUCGAGAAGAUGAGCAGUGAGGAGGGCUAUAAGUAUUACCAACACGAGGCGUACUCUUCAUUUGUCCAGGCCGUUGUUGGUGCUGUUUACACCCACUGUGGUCAAGACGCCGCUCGCGAUUUCGUCAAAGCUCACGUCCUUGCUCGACAAGUCGACGUUUCUACCAUGUUCGAAUUCAGCCUACCUACACGAGAACUCUCCAUGUUGUGCGCUCGUGAAGGAUUUGAGGCACCUAUUGCUCGUCUAGAGAGUGAGACAGGUCGGCAUUCACGAACUCCUGUGUUCAUUGUUGGUAUUUACAGCGGUUCUGAGAAACUUGGCGAAGGUGGCGGCCCUAGCCUGGACGUUGCCAGAUGGAAGGCAUCGAUGAACGCCCUCAAAGCGUGGUACCUCUACAGCCCCGGCAACAAGGUCCGGGUGCCAAGUGACAUGUACGAGCCGGAUGCUAAGCGCUGGACAGCCCCUCAUAUCGAUAUUGGUGAGGUCAUCUAA